GCGGUGAAGGCCGCGCAUCGUCGCUGUUCGAAGGGCGUUGGUCGCGUGUUUUUUGUUUCCGACAGGUGACCCAUUUGCUGACCACUAUCGAGUGGCUCAGGCUCUGGUCAGCAUGGCGGAGCCAUCAGUGAAGGUGGGCCAGCGUGUGCAGGUCAAGGAAAGCGCCGGCACGGUCGCCUACAUAGGCACCACGCAGUUCGCUGCGGGAAAGUGGAUCGGCGUCGUCCUUGACGAGCCCAAGGGCAAGAACAAUGGUACCGUGCAGGGCAAGACCUACUUCCAGUGCGGGGAGAACCGCGGCGUGUUCGUGCGGCAGACUCAGCUGACCGUGCUGGACGGGGGCAGCUCGACACCCGGCUCUAAGGCCUCCACACCCGCCGCCGAGAAGCCCAAGAGCCGCCCCGGCAGGAGGGAGACCCCGUCUGGCAGACUGCCGACCCCCGGCUCGGCCCGCUCCUCGGGCCACUCCUCUCCACGCGAGCCCACCAAGAUCAGCCCCAAGGGCCGCAACAUGCCCACCAAGAAGGCCUCGUCGACGCUGGAGAUCUCGCCGAAGAAGGAGCGCACCGCCGCCGGCGGCUCGACGCAGGAUCUCAGCGGCAACAAGCGCGCCUCGUUCGUGGAGACCAACUUCGUGGAGAGCCCGUCGCCGGCGACGCCGGGUCAGGUGGGGCCGCAGGUCACGCCAGCCAGCGCCGACCAGCAGCGCGAGAUCGAGAACCUGCGUGACGAGGUCAAGGACCUCAACGAGCGGCUGGAGACACUCAAAGCCAAGCGGGCCCAGGACCGCGACAAACUGAAGGAGUUUGACAAGGCCCGCAUUCAGCUGGAGCAUCUGCAGGAGUUCAAGGCCCGCAUGCUGGAGCAGCAGGCCCAGCUGCAGAAGGAGCUUCAGAAGGCGCGACAGGAGCGGCAGGAGGCGCUGGAGGAGCACCAGCGCGUCCAGGAGGAGACGGCAGACGCGCAGGAGACGCUGGAGAUGGCUGCUCUCGACAAGGAGAUGGCCGAUGAGAAGGCGGAGACGCUGCAGCUGGAGCUGGACCAGGCCAACGAGCGGAUCGAGGAGCUGCGGCUGGACCUGCAGAUCCUGCAGGAGGAGGUACAGCAGCGUGGCGAGAGCGGCGAGGCCACCGCCACCUCCUUCCAAGUCAAGCAGCUCGGCCAGCAGAACGACCGGCUGAAGGAGACGCUGAUCCGCAUGCGCGACGUGGCCGCGCACGACAAGCACGAGCUGCAGCGUUCGCAGAAGGAGAUGGAGAAGCUGCGCGCCGACCUGACGGAGCUGGGCCGCGAGCGGGACCGGUUCCGCGGCCGCGCCGCCGAGCUCGAGGCCAGCAUCGCCGACCUGCAGGAGCAGGUGGACGCGGCGCUGGGUGCCGAGGAGAUGGUCGAGCAGCUGUCGCAGCGGAACCUGGCCCAGGAGGACCGCAUCCAGGAGCUGACCGAGGAGCUCUCCACCAUGGAGGCCCUCCACGACGCCAACGAGGAGAUCGCCGAGAACUUCCGCGAGGUGGAGCUGGAGCUGAAGCAGGAGCUCGACAUGAAGACCGGCCAGCUGCGCCAGGUGGAGCGGAGCCUGGAGGCGGCGCACGAGGUGAUUGCCGACCACGCCAGCACCAUCGGCAAGUUCCGCGAGCUGGUCCAGCGGCUGCAGGACCAGAACGGCGAGCUGCGCGCCCAGCUGGAGCGCGAGACCAACAAGCCGGUCGGCGUGCCGGCAGAGAAGAUCGACUUCAAGAAAAUGUUCGCGGAGACAAAGGCGCAUGCCAAGGCGAUUGAGAUGGACCUGCGGAAGAUCGAGGUGCAGCAGUCGAACCGUCACGUGGAGCUGCUGGCCAACUUCCUCCCCGACAGCUUCCUCGCCAGGGGAGGUGACCACGACGCCGUGCUGGUGCUGCUGUUGGUGCCGCGUCUCUCGGUGAAGGCCGAGAUCCUGCUGGCCCAGCUGCGUGACAAGUACCCGCCGCCGGCCACCGUCGACAAGGCGGCCGUGCUGAAGACGCACGCCGUCGAGCAGUACUGCUUCGGCGCCCGGCUGGUUCACCUCCUGCUGGCCCUGCAGACCAGCCUGGACCAGUACCGCAGCGCUCUGGACACUGUGGACGUGCCCACCCUGCUCAAGAUGGGCACCCUGUACCCGGAGAUGGCCGCCCAGGAGCGCGGUCUCGACUUCUACAUCGAGCUGCUGCGUCAGGACCAGUUGGGCGAGAACGUCAGCCUGGAGAACAUCGAGCGUGUGGUCAACUACUUCACGGCGCUGUACCCCACCCAGCUGGCGGCCGCGGCGCCCGACCACUACAGCCAUCUGUUGGCCGCCGCCAAAACCAUGAGUUCCGGCUGCGCCUCCAUCGAGGCCGAGGCGCAGCGGCUGAAGGUGAUCUCGCAGGAGGGCGAGGCGCACACGCUGUUCGGCUGGCUGGCGGCCACGGCCGAGGCGUGUGGGCAGCUGGCCAAGCGGGUCCGGCGCCGGCUACCGCAGGACGGCUCGGCCGAGCGGCUCUCCUUCCCGGACGAGGUAGGCGAGGAGAUCGCCGAGGUGCUGCGACACCUGCACCGGGUCAGCACCGUGGCGCGAGACGUGGGGCGCGCCUGCACGCCCCUGCUGGCCGGUCUGCCCGACGUGGAGGCCGGCCUGCCGUCGGCCAAGACGCUGGAGGCUGUGGCUCGCAGCGUUGAUCUGGUGUACGGGGCGGACGACAACGGCGCCGACUCGCUGCGCAGCUCACUGACGCUCGUCAGCGACAAGCUGGCCCGCCUGGCCGACGCCUUGGAGAAGGGCGAGUACGACUUCGACGGCUCCGUGCCCGAGAAGCCGACACCGCCGAUCGAGCUGCGCAUGCGCGCCGUCAAGGCUGAGAUGCUGGAGAGCAGCGGCAUGAAGGCCAAGCUGAAGAACCGCGAGGAGGAGAUGAAGGAGCUGAAGCUGGCCGUCAAGCUGAAGGCUGAGGAGCUGAGCGAGGCGAACGUGCGCCGCGAGAUCGCCGAGAAGAAGCUGUCGGGCUCCACGAAGGACGCCGACCUCACCAUCGAGAAGCUCCAGCGCAAGCUGGACGACGCCACGAUGCUGCUGCGGCGGAAGGAGCGCGAGUCGGAGGAAACGCUGAACCACCUGCAGACGGACCUCGAGUCGCUCGAGUCGGAGCGCUCCGAGCUCAAGGAGAAGCUGAAGCUGAUCAACAAGCGCGCGCUGAUCGAGGGCCUCACCAAGCCCAGCGGCUCCAUGUCGCCGGGCGGCGGCGCGUCGCUGCCGCCGGCGGCGGUGCGCGACUCGCCGAUGCUGCUGCAGGAGAUCGCCAGCCUGCAGCAGGCGCUGCAGCGCCAGAGGACGGAGAUCUGCGACCUGCGCGGCGCGGAGGCUCGGCGCCGGCUGCAGGCCAUGCUGCCGCUUAAGGUACCCAAGCUUCCGCUGUCCAUGGACGAGGACUACAAGGACCUGGAGAACCGCGCCACCAAGCUGCAGUGGGAGCUGAUGCAGCACGAGUGCCACCCGCCGGUGCCGAACCUGAGCCGGCCCGGCUGGCGCGCCGAGUUCGCCGCCGCACGUGCCGCCGCCGCCGCCCGCCUGCGCGCGCUCGACGAGGCCGGCCGUCAGCUGCGGGACGACGUGGCCCGUUACGUGGCGCGCCGGCGCGCCGGCGGCGCCGCGCUGGCCGACUUCGGUCUCUUCCCAUCGGACGCCGUGGCGCAGACGCUGUCGGCGGGCCCCGGCCAGCUGGUGGGGCGCGUCACUGUGCCCGGCCCGGCCGCGCCCUGCGUACCGCUCGACGUGACGCCCGACGACGUGGAGCGCAUCCACCGCAGCCUGGUGGCCCUGAUCGCCGUCUGA